GAGCGUAUUGACAUCUGCAUACUUCCGCCUCGCUGACUUAUUGAGGAUUUGUUAGCAUUCUCGUUUGCAGCGGGUUAAUUGUUAUCGACUAUUUUCUCUUUCAAAUGGAUUCACGUAUCUGAUUCAGUUUCCAGCGCCUCCCUCCUCCUCUUCCUCCUUCUCCUCCUCUUCAACCGGGUGGGAUGUUCCCGUCCUCGUCCAGAAGCUCGGCGUUCUCGCCCUGGUCGUCCAUGGAGCAGUCUGACUCGGAAGCGUUGGACAUCAGCGCCAAGGUGCAGCUGCACGGCGUCCUAUGGAAGAGACCCUUCGGACGGCCCUCGGCCAAGUGGUCCCGCAGAUUCUUCGUGAUCAAAGACAGCUUUUUGCUCUACUACGCUGAGAGUGAGAAAAGGAGUUUUGAGAGCAGCAGGAUCUUCAACAUCCACCCCAAGGGAGUGAUUCCUCUGGGAGGAUGCGUGGUGUCGGCCACAGAGGACAUGGGCAUGCCCUUUGGCCUCGUCAUCAGCCUGGAAGACUUCUCAGGCACCAUCGUGGUGGCUGCUGAGUCUGAGGAGCAGCAGCUGCACUGGAUGGAAAUGCUGCAGGAGUCGGGCAAAGUCACGUGGAAAAAUGCUCAGCUGGGUGAGGCCAUGAUUGAAAGUCUGGAGGCUCAGGGGCUUCAGCUGGCCAAGGAGAAGCAGGAGUACUUGGAUAAGCUGAUGGAGGAGACUGAGGAGCUCACGCACCAGCGAGCACAGAGAGAAGAACUGGAGCGUCUCAAUCAGGUUCUUGAGGAGGAGAAGAUGAAGUAUGAGGAAGUGGUGCUGGAGCUCAAGGCCGAGCAGGAGCAAAUCAAACUCGACCUGGACGGCACGGCUCAGUCUCUGCGCGGCGUGGAGAGUGAGAAGGAGGAGCUGAGCGGCCUGACCGUCAUGCUGCAGAAGUCCAUCGAGCAACUCUCCCAGGAGAAACGGAGAACUCUCGAGCUGCUGGAAGCCGAGGAGGAGGAGGAGUUGGGUGGUGAUGAUAAUGAGGCGGAGGUGGUGGAGAGCAGGAAGGAGCUGGGAAACUUGGACCUCCUGCAGGAUCUGCACCACAUCGAGGAGCAGAUGAAGCUGCUGCUGAAAGAGAAGGAGCAGGCGGACGAGAAGCUGCGUGAGAACCAGCAGCGGGCGCAGGUCCUGCAGCAGGAGCGAGAGUUCUACUCGUCGCAGGCCAAUACGCUGCAGCAGUCGCUCUCUCAGCUCACCGCAGACAAGAAGCAGACGGAGGCCGAGCUGCAGGCGGAGAUUGAGUCUCGCGUGGAGCUGGAGAAGAGGCUGAAGCAGGCCGAGGAGGCCCUGCAGGACCUGGAGAAAGGCCUGGACUCUUUGGACCGCACCAGCGAGCGAGACCAGAGGAUGAGAGGGGACGUCACUCAGCUGAGACGCUUCUUCGAGGAGUGCAUCUGCGCUGCCGAGAUCGAAGCCAAGCUGCCGGCCAUCAUGAAGAACGCCGUCUACCUCCACAAGGCGGCGGCGCGAAGGAUCAAGAGCUGCCGGGUCCAGAGGAGAGCCUCUCGACGACACUGGUUGAAACACUCCAAGUCGUUCGCCACGGCGAGCCUGGACGUGGGCGGCGCGGGCGGCAGCAUGGAGGAGUUGAGGGAGACGGCGCGCCGCCUCACCUCCGACAGCAGCUUCCGGGAGAGCGUCUACGAGAUCAUAGCGCGCAAGGACGCCGCCACCAGCUUCGACCAAGACUGACGCCGGACGGACUACUUCCCAGCGUGGAGGUAGACGUGACCAUGUUUGUUAAGAGGCCCACCUGUGAGCUUGGAACAUAAACGACCAACAUGGCCCACGUUUAGCAUUAGGUUUACAUUGUAGUGGAUUAUUCUAGUAGUUAUGCUACUUGGAGGUGCGAGGGCCCCUGGAAAGUUAGAGAACAUUUUGCUCCAUAACCCCGGUUUCACCGAUCGACACGAAUUUGGAUGCACAUGUCUAUCAUGACAAGAUGAAAAUGAUGAUGAUGAAAAAUCUCAAAGAUCAUUGCCUGAAAUUGAACAGGAAACCGGCUAUUUUGUUCUGGAGCAGCCAUUUUGGCUGAAUUCUAGGGCUCGUACUAAGGAAUUGGUCCCAAAUGUGCCCCAGUGAGAAGCAGGUGUCCUAGAAAGAUGGGUGCUACGAACUUGCCAAAAAGCUUGUUUGUCUGCGCCGUCUGAUGUGGGCGUAACAUGGCAUCAAAGUUUGAUCAUCAUUUCGAUGAUUGGCUGUGAAAAAGGAGGUGGAGGUCUAAUUCACUUGCAAUUUAGGCUAAGAGUAGUAAUAAUAACUACUUUCAUGUAUCUUCAACUUCCCAUUUUUCUGCCGGUGACAUAAAUCCCUAAUUUAUCCCAUUUAAGACCCUUGUUGCUGGUGACAUGAACCCUUCAUUUGAGGCUUAAUGUCACCAUAGUAACCCAACACCAAUUCCUUUCCCCCCCCCCCCCCCCCCCCCCCAGUAUAUUUUGUACAGUUUUGAAUAAAUGUGAACCAAAAUGUUCUUGUUUUUGGGGCUUAAUUUCACAAAUGAAGUAAUAAGCUAAGAAAAAUAUAGAAAAUAACACAAUGGCGUCCGAUAUGUUAGGGGUCGAGACGGGAUGUUCUGGGUCUCAAAUGGAAAUUCUAACUGAGACGAGGCAAAUCCAUCAUCAAAGAAAAACAUUGUUUUAUUCUGGUUUUGAUUGUUUUCUUGCCGGGUCCUGUUUUGUUUUGAAUUGUAGCCACACCUGAAGCGAACAUGGAAUGAAGGAAGGUUGGGGCUUAGGGACAGAAAAAGGAACUGCCUUGAUGCUAAUAAAGUUGUCUUUGAUCCUUGCACCCCCCCCCCCAACCCCCCACACAAAAAAAAAAGUUUCAACGUGUUUCAUUUGCGUUUGUGCAGUUUGAUGACAGUUCUUCAUUUCCCCGUGAUGAAUGGGUUCAUCAUCUCAUGGAGCUGAAACGACACACAGGGGAACAUCUGUUAACUUAGCCGCUAAUGCUAAUGUCCGCCAGGUGUCGACAGGUCUUUGUUCUACGUGAUAAACAAACACUGAACAGGUGAAAAGCUUCCACUUUUAAUG